UCUACCCUCGCUCACAACUCUCCAUUUUGCAGAGAUAAGCCGACAUCCAAUCUUAACAAUGGCUUUGCUUGUCGAGAAAACCACCUCCGGUCGCGAGUACAAAGUCAAAGACAUGUCCCAGGCUGAUUUUGGCCGCCUCGAGAUCGAGUUGGCCGAAGUCGAAAUGCCCGGACUCAUGGCUUGCCGUGCUGAGUUCGGCCCUUCUCAGCCCUUCAAGGGCGCCAAAAUCACCGGCUCCCUCCACAUGACCAUUCAAACUGCUGUUCUUAUCGAGACUUUGACUGCCCUUGGCGCCGAGGUCCGUUGGUGUUCUUGCAACAUUUUCUCUACUCAAGAUCACGCCGCCGCCGCCACCGCACGUGACUCUGCGGCCGUCUUUGCCUGGAAGGGUGAGACUCUGCAGGAGUACUGGUGGUGUACCGAGAGGGCUUUGGACUGGGGUCCCGGUGGCGGCCCAGAUCUGAUUGUGGACGAUGGUGGUGACGCGACGUUGCUGAUUCACGAGGGAGUUAAGGCCGAGGAGAUUUAUGAGAAGACUGGGAAGUUACCCGAACCAGCUUCUACUGAUAACGCUGAGUUUCAGAUUGUUUUGACUAUUAUUAGAGAUGGAUUGAAAACUGAUCCCAAGAAGUAUCACAAGAUGAAGGAGAGAUUGGUUGGAGUUUCUGAGGAGACCACCACUGGUGUUAAGAGAUUGUACCAGAUGCAGGCUAAUGGAACCUUGUUGUUCCCCGCUAUCAAUGUCAAUGACUCCGUCACCAAGAGCAAGUUCGAUAACUUGUAUGGAUGCCGCCACUCACUCCCUGAUGGUCUAAUGAGGGCCACCGAUGUCAUGAUUGCUGGCAAGAUUGCUGUUGUUUGUGGUUAUGGUGAUGUGGGGAAGGGCUGUGCUGCUGCUUUAAAGCAAGCCGGAGCUCGGGUAAUCGUCACUGAGAUCGAUCCCAUCUGUGCUCUCCAGGCGCUUAUGGAGGGACUCCAAGUGCUCACGCUUGAGGAUGUCGUCUCUGAGGCUGACAUCUUUGUAACCACCACCGGAAACAAGGACAUCAUCAUGGUUGACCACAUGAAGAAGAUGAAGAAUAAUGCCAUUGUUUGCAACAUUGGUCACUUUGAUAAUGAAAUUGACAUGCUUGGACUUGAGUCCUACUCAGGUAUCAAGCGCAUCACCAUCAAGCCCCAAACUGACAGGUGGGUCUUCCCUGAGACCAACUCAGGCAUCAUCAUUUUGGCUGAGGGUCGUCUCAUGAACUUGGGAUGUGCUACCGGCCACCCUAGCUUUGUGAUGUCAUGCUCCUUCACCAACCAGGUGAUUGCCCAGCUUGAGCUCUGGAAAGAGAAGAGUAGCGGCAAGUAUGAGAAGAAGGUGUAUGUUUUGCCCAAGCACCUCGAUGAGAAGGUGGCUUCUCUUCACCUUGGCAAGCUUGGAGCUAAGCUAACCAAACUCACACAGGCGCAGGCUGACUACAUUAACGUGCCAGUUGAGGGUCCGUACAAGCCGCCUCGCUACAGAUACUGAGCUGGAGAGAUGGAGAAAAAUCAAUGUGUUCGGAACUGGCUUGAUUGUUUGUUUUUACAAUUUGAAGAAGAUUUGUGGUAGAAUAUUCGGUUGUGAGAUCGAACUUUUUAUUGGUAGGAGUUUUGUGUUGGUGGUAGGAAAGUAUGGAAAUUGAAAGGUCUCAGUUGAAGACCAAAUGGGGUUUGAAUAAGGAUUUGAUGGGGUUGUGUGGAUAGAUGCUGCAGUUUUCUGUUUUGCUGGUUUGCAGAAUCUUCUUAUCAACAUAUUAUCUUGGCAGCUUCAGUGUUUAAUAGUUUUAAAAUAUUUAUCUUGGCCGGUUUUAUUUCA